UUGGUUGAUGCCAACGAAGAAGACACGGUGAUCAUGUCUCAGCUUGGCAGGACCCAAUCCAACACACUAGCCAUACCUUCAGACGAAUUUCCUGGCACCCAGGCCAAGUGGUCUUCUUCGACUAAUGGCUUCACUGGUGCUGAUCUUUCGACACAUAACUACGAGAUGGAGGGUAUAUGUCUUCUGUUCUCCUCGCCCCAGGCUUCACGAAAGACUAGUCAAGUUCAAGUUAGCUCUACUGAUUCACCUGACGAGCCUCUUGAGUUCCAUCGGACAGUUUCUGUGCAGUUUGGCACUAGAAUUUGA